GCGUACUAUCAGUAAUGCACAGAAACAGACUGAGGCGAAAACCUGUGCUGGGAGGGAAGUCAACGCGAUUCAGCAAAUAACGACCUGUUCCUGGCGUAAUUCUGUAUUUUAAUUCUCUCUUCGCUCCUGAUAAAGUUACAGGCAUAUCAGCAGAGUACCUGGAGUUUCUCAGGUCCUUCUCCUCUAGUGUCAUUUGACGCGUCAAAUGAAAACAUUUAUUAGAGGCAGCAGUAGUUAUCAUCAUAUGUCUAUGGUUAUCAUCAGCUAAUACUACAUGUCAAAAACAGACCUUUAACUCAGCAUCUCGAGCAGAGAAUUACUCAAACGUUUGAGGCUUCCUCGCAAUAUCUGGAAACAGACGCCGCGUUACAUGCAUGCAAUCACUCGCACGUCGUUUUCAGGAUGCGGCUGUUUGGACACAGCUAGCGCGCGGUUCAUUACGUUAACGUUACUGAUCUGUAAAUUGCAUAAAACAAAUAAACGCAUGGUAAUAAUAGCGGAAGUGUAAGGAGAGCCUCAUCAUCAGAGCAGAGAAGAGGGGGGUCUAGAGUCGCGUCAUCAUUCCCGGGCUACCGAUCGCCGGUAGAGUGGAUCGGGACGCAGGAGCGCGGGGUACGGGGAGCGGAGCCGUGUCCGUGUCCGUGUCCAUACCGAGACUGCUGGACGAUAGCAUGGCCGCCGGGAAGGCAGCGAGCAAACCGUCUCUCUGGCAGAACGAACGGCUCCGGUUCAUCGUGUGUUUCUGCGGAGUGUUCGUGUGUUACUUCUACUAUGGGAUACUGCAGGAGACAAUCACGCGAGGAGACUACAGUCAAGCGGGGAAGAAGGAGAAGUUUCGUUAUGCCACCACACUAGUCUUCAUCCAGUGCAUCAUCAAUGCUGCUUUCGCCAGACUCUUAAUUCUGUUUUUUGAGGGCUCAAAGCAGGACCACACGAGAAGCUGGCUGUAUGGCAUGUGCUCUCUGUCUUACCUGGGUGCCAUGGUGUCCAGUAACUCAGCCCUGCAGUAUGUCAACUACCCCACACAGGUUUUGGGAAAAUCCUGUAAACCUAUUCCAGUGAUGAUUCUGGGUGUCACAAUCCUAAGGAAGAAAUAUCCCAUGGCGAAGUAUCUGUGUGUGUUUCUAAUCGUCACUGGGGUAGCUCUCUUCCUCUACAAACCCAACAAAGGCUCCAGCACAUCAGAUGAACACACAUUUGGCUUUGGAGAGAUGCUGCUGCUGCUGUCUCUGACUCUGGAUGGGCUGACAGGUGUAGCUCAGGACCACAUGAGGACACGGUACCAGACGGGAGCCAAUCACAUGAUGCUGAACAUCAACAUGUGGUCCACACUGGUUUUAGGAAUAAUUGUGCUUUGGACAGGGGAGGUGUGGGAGUUUUUGUCAUUUACUGACCGCUAUCCUGGCAUCAUCUAUAAUAUCCUCCUGUUCAGUAUCACUAGUGCUCUUGGACAGACUUUCAUCUUCAUGACUGUGGUGUAUUUUGGGCCGCUCACCUGUGCCAUCAUCACAACGCCACGGAAGUUCUUCACCAUCCUGGGGUCUGUGCUGCUGUUUGGGAACGUCAUCAGCACUAUGCAGUGGUUUGGUACCAUCCUCGUCUUCUUCGGCCUUGGACUGGAUGCCAAAUUUGGAAAGUCUCCUAAGAAGACGACACACUGAAGACUGGAACCCUGUGUGUCACUGUGUGUGUGUGUGUGUGUGUGCGCAUGCGCACAUGUAUGCCUGCGUCUGAACUCCUGAGACAAACAUAGACGUUUAUUCUAAACACUUUACCACACUAACUCCAUCGUUGGUGUACUUCAGAGAUGAUGUUUUAGCACUCAAAAUAUUGUUAUUAUGCUGAUGUUCUGAACAUUUAAUUAUGGGGUAUGUUUGACCAUCUUGCAAAAUGGUAUCCAUGGUAACAGAGGGACAGUGCAAAUGUGUGUCUGUGCCUAAUCAUAAUCUGUCAUGCUC